CAAGCUGAUUUUGCCGACGGAAAGUGUCAAAAUUUUAAUUGAAAACGCGAAAAAAACGUGCAAAUUGCACGAAUCAUCGUUAAAAAAUAGCGUGAAAUGGCCGAUCCGCGUGUGCGGCAACUGAAAAUCAAAACUGGUGUUGUCAAGCGUCUUGCCAAGGAGAAGAUUUCGUACGAAAAGGAAGCAGAUCAGCAGAAGAAUCGCAUUGAGAAGUUUAAGGACGAAGGGAAGGAUGAACACGUGAUCCGGAAGGAAGAGGAAGUUCUCCAGGAAUGCCUCAUGAUCAUCCCGGAUAGUCAGCGAAGACUGAAGAAAGCUUUCGAAGAAUUGAAUGAGUUCCUCCGUGCAGAGGAAGAUCUGAAGGAAACUGAGGAAUUCACCACUGCAAUGGCUGUGAUCGAGGAAGCAAAAGCUCAGCUUGCAUAAAAAAAAACACAUUUUCCAGUAUUUUCUUACAAAACUCACACAAUUAAAUAACAAAGGUCAUCAUGCAGAAGAAUACCAGCAAAUCGCAACUUUCACCCUUUUCCGCCCUCAAGGCCAGCCCAAUGAGGAACCUCAGACCCCCUUCUACUACUAAAAAGGAGGCAACUCCAGCAAAUGAUCAAGAGAAGAAGAUUUCCCCACGUGUAACAAGAUCAAAGAUGGGCAUUAUCAAGCCCACCAAAAUGUAUGACAGUGAAUUUGAGCGAUCGUGGGAUAACGAGAGGAGGAAAGCGGCUUCUACGACAAAAGAGAAACCAGCGUUUAAGGAGUUCACAAACAAAAAGUAUAACCGUAGAACGAGCAAAAUAGUGAGGGGCCCAACAAGAGUACCCGUACUACCAGGCAGAGAUUACAAUUCACAGCCGAAUGAAAGACCCACAACUUCAAGGGCUUCAGAUGCCACCGUAUCAAACAGAGAUUACAAUUCACAGCCGAAAGAACGACCCACCACAACUUCAAGGGCUUCAGAUGCGAUGAAAAACUUU